CACGGGUCGCUCAAAGGGUUCGUCGUGUUCAAGUAUUUUUAUAUCACUCGUUCACUUGUUCCAGCCUCAAAACAUUCGAAUAUCCAGGUGGGGUGGAAUAUCUGCCGAGUCUAGCUUCUCACCGCAAGAGACCUCUCAGGCGAUAUCAAAGGAGAUACCCCUGACUCCAUAUCUUCCCAUUUGUUUUCAAUCAAGACCAAACAACUAGAAAAAAUACCAUGCCAUCAUUGGACCCAAUUCCGGCCCAGAGAAAUGAUCAGGUCGAGGCCAAUUCCGACGAUGAAGCCGACCCUGAGUUGGUAGAGCUUCUUCGCCAGCAUUUCGGACUGGGCGAAAGACCAAAGGAUGCCCCACCAGAGACCAAAGUGCUUGAGGGGGCUCAGUAUGUUUUUGACAAUGCCAUUGAUAUUGCGGUCAGCCUUGUUCAUACCAAAGCGGCUGCCGAUACUAUAUGGCGUAUGAUGCAGAAGAAAGAGUAUUCCACGCACACCUGGUCGGAGCACAAACUACACCCACAGGCUAAAGAUGAAAGCACAGUCGAUUUCAUCUUUACAAUGGACUUGUUGAACUUUAGUUUCUGGUCUGGGGAGGAGGAAGAGCCUAAGCGUUUCUGUAUUGAGUAUCGUGGCAAGCUGUGGACUGGUUAUUGGAGUCUGGUUGCUGCACUACAAAGAGCUCUUGAUGAAGAUAUUCCAAUCACAACCCCCGACUUCUGGGUGGAUGAAGAGAGGUGCACGGAAGAGCUACUCAGACAUGUAUUCCGAUCUGCAACAGAUGGAGAGAUUCCUAUGUUCAAAGAACGAGUGCAGUGUCUACGUGAAGCAGGCGAGGUCCUUUGCGAGGAAUUCGGCGGCAGCUUCGUCAACUGCAUCGACAGUGCCAACCUCUCCGCCGCAGGACUGGUCAAUAUAUUGACAGAGAGCUUUUCCUGCUUCCGCGAUGAGACAAUCUUCCACGGGAAGAGAGUGCGACUCUAUAAGCGUGCUCAGAUCCUAGUCGCCGACCUCUGGGCCUGUUUUAAUGGCGAAGAUUUUGGUGAAUUCCACGACAUCGACAAGAUCACCAUGUUUGCAGACUACCGCAUUCCGCAGAUGCUACACCAGCUAAACUGUCUUCGCUACGCACCCAAAUUGGAAAACCAUAUCCGCGACCUGAAGCCCAUCGAGCCAGGUUCAAACUGGGAGAUCGAGCUUCGUGGAACGAGCAUCUGGUGUGUUGAAUUGAUCAAACGAGAGAUCGAAAAACAACACCCCGAGGUCAAAAUGAACCGCCAAAAGCCCCCUCCUAAGGCUAUUUUGGACGGCAAUGAGAACCAUAAAACUGAAAACUCGGAUGAGUUGGAUGAGAAAUUGAAGAUUGUUGAGAAACCGCGAAAGACAUAUGGCAUCAAUGCGAUUCUCAUCGACUUUUUCUUGUACGACACGAUGAAGAACUUGGAGGCAGAGAACAAUGAGACUAUUCCUCAUCACCGGACGAGGAGCAUUUGGUACUGAGAUGAGUGGUUAUUGGUUUUGGCGUCAUUGAUGGCGCACGGAGUUGGGUUACCACAAUGGUGACUUGGGACAUUGGGUUGCUCUGGAGCAAAAGGAGCAUACAAAUAAAACAUAGACAUGGCAAAGCCGAUUUCUUUGCUUAUCGAAGAUGAAUAUAGAAAUGACAUGUUGAUUCAUA